AGGAACUCCAAGAUGACGGCGCCCGUCGGCGGCGGUUGGGGCGGUUUAAAAAGCUGCAAAUAGAGAGAGAGAGAGAAAAAGAGAAUUAGGGGGUUUCCCCCGUCUCCAGGGCCCACCUCCAUGAGCGGGCGCCCACCCCACGCCCUCUCCUCUCCGGCCCCAUGGGCAAUCGGGCAGCGGCCGAGCGCCGGCGGCGCCUGCACAAUCCCGGCGGCUUCGAGCGGCUCCACCGGCGGUGCAAAGAUGUUUUUCCACAACAAAUUGAAGGUGUCAAGCUGGUCAUCAACAAAAAUCUCAGCCAACACUUUCAGCUUUCUUUACACUGUUCCCAUCUAACGUUCCUAGGACAGGGACAGUACAGAGUUAGACUCACAUUUCUGAUCAAUGAUAACUCCCAGGAUGUUGAUAGUGGCAAUUUCCCGCUGCUGGUGGGUGAAAUGGACAGCUCAGGAAGUUUAAACGCGCAGUGUGUCCUCCUGCUGGCCGAGAGGAUCCGUGCCAAAGCAGCGUUUCAGACGCAGCAGGACAAGUUUCUGACCUGGCAGUUUGAUUCGGAAUAUCGAGGGGACAACUUCACAGCCAGCGUCACCCUCGGUAACCCCGACAUCAUCAACCAAUCAGCGAUUGUGGUCGGGCACUUUCUACAGAGCGUCACCCAGAACCUGGUCCUCGGAGGAGAGAUAGUCUACCAUCGCAGACCCAACGAGGAAGGGGCCAUCCUUACAUUGGCCGGCAAAUACGCCACCCCUCAGUGGAUAGCCACUCUGAAUAUUGGUCGAGGUGGGGCACACGUGAGCUACUACCACAGGGCGAACGAUCAGGUCCAGGUGGGCGUGGAGUUCGAGGCGAGCUCUCAGACCCAAGAGACGGUCUUCUCGUUUGGAUACCAGCUCGACCUCUCGGAGGCAAACAUGGUGUUCCGAGGCUCCUUGGACAGCAACUGGGUGGUUGGGGGCGUCCUGGAGAAGAAACUCGCCCCUUUACCCCUGACCUUUGCCCUGGGCGCCUUCAUGGACCACAUGAAGGGCAAGUUCCAAUAUGGCUUCAGUGUCACAGUCUGUUGAGUGUAGCCACAAGACACGGUGUCACGGUGAUCUGGAGCCAAGGAUGAGGCGGUUACUCCUGGGAUUGCGGUGGGGUGGAGGUGUGGGAGGGUAUGGGGGGGUGGGGGGUAGGGGGGUAUACCCAGACGCGGGUGCUAGGGCCAGCAGGGGAUUAUUUGUUUCCGCGUUCCGCUGCUUCCGCGCCAUCUCGCAUUGGCACGUGGCCCCCUGCAAGCAGAGGGGGGAUUUCACAGAGGGAUGUAUUGGAAAUCGGGAAGGAAUGCCGACAAUCUCACAGGAAUCGAGCAGGACACAACACGUCAGAAAUCGAUAAGAGCAGAGAGAGAAGGGGGUGGGGGGUGUGAUGUGUGGGAACUGGUUACGGUGAUAGACAGUCAGGAGGGUCACGGGAGGUCAGAGAAACAGGGAUGCAGCGGAAAACACCACAGAUGAAUUUGAAGAAGAGUUGCGGUGAUGUUUUGAGAUGGUGCUGGAUUGUUUUGGGAGUGCGUCAUGGCAAAGAGGAGAUUUCAGUUCCCGUCCAUUCACCCAUUCCUAAAGAAGGGAUCUGGUAAGAUUAUUGAUAGUGAACAGAGUUGGCAGCAAUCCCCCACCAGCCUCUAUCCCACAAUCUCUAAUCAACAUGGGAUACUCCUAUCCAAUAGAAACUCACAUCAGAGUCACAGCUUUCCCUCAGCGCUGACCCUCCGACAGUGCGGCGCUCCCUCAGCGCUGACCCUCCGACAGUGCGGCGCUCCCUCAGCGCUGACCCUCCGACAGUGCGGCGCUCCCUCAGCGCUGAACCCCCGACAGUGUGGCGCUCCCUCAGCACUGUGUGGCCAGGAUUAUGCAAAUCUCUGGAGCAGGACUUGAUACCACUGUGUUCUGACCAAGAUUCACCCUAUCUGACCAUGGCCAUUCUUCUCUGUCUCUCCUAUCGUGUAACAGAAUGUAACAUUCAAAUCUCUCUGAGAUCAGAACUGUGCACAGUGUUCCAAGUGUGGGUCGAACUGAGGCUGAAAUUAUCAGGGUUAGAUCAUGUAACCUUGUAGUGUAUCGCAUUAAAUGUUGACAAUUAUGUAGUGGUCUAAUCAGGAACUAUAAGAUGGUUUAAGGAUCAAAUUGUGUAAUUGGAGAGAAACAGUUCUUUCUGGUUUGGUGUGUCUGAAAAAAGAAGCUGAACCUUAAAAGUCAGUGUGGGUUGUUCAGGGGAGAUCUCAGGAAACUGUUCGUCGGUUCUCCACGUGAACAACCAUGGUCGUCACUAUUGAAGAUCAAUCAUCUCAGCUCCAAGACAUCUCUUCAGGAGUUCCUCAGGGUAGUGUCCUCAGCCCAACCAUCUUCAGCUGCUUCAUCAAUGCCCUUCCCUC